CCUGAACGAACUGCGGCCGGAAUUUCCCAAACCGAAAAUAACAGAAUCAAGAACUAGUGCUAUAUAUCCCAUACACACAGAGAGUAUCGCAAUCGGAAUCGGCAUCUCAAGCGGCGCGUGCAGCGUGAAACCAAACAAACAAACACAAACAUAGUGCAAACAGCAGAAACGGCAAACGUUUUCAAACAUUUACGAACAAAGUUUUUGAAAAUUUAAAUUUCCCGCGAAAUUUUGAGUGCGCGAGUGUUUAAGAAUUGCUAACAAUACUCCCAAAUACUCCAGAAUACUUUGACUCAAGUGCUAGUUUGUGAUAAGAAGUUAUAAUACAAAAUAUCCAACACAAAAGAAGAAUAGAAACAAAAUAAAUGUUAAAAAGUGUUUAAAAACUAAGUUUCGUCUUAAUUAGUUCAUCAGUUUGUGGAAAAAAACAUCUUCGAAUUAUUGGAAGCUGCUGCAAUUGUACUGAAAAACGGACUCAGCCAGGAUGCGAGCGGGUCAGUGACACGUGACAUGGCCGAGGGCUGCGAGGACUCUGCCGGUGCCGCUGAAUCCACGACAUCACAGUCACAGUCACAGUCACCGUACACAACGCUCGACAAGAUGCUGGGCACCGUGCUGCCAUGCGAGGCGGCCAUUGGUGCCACGCCCGGCGGCGGCGGCGGCGGAGGCGGCAGCAGCAGUAGCAACACCAGCAACAUCAGCAACACGAGCCACACCAGCGGCGGCAGCAGCAGCAACAACAACAACAACAGCGGCAACGGCAACAUUGUGAAGCUCGAGUACUGUGAUGGCAGCUUAAUGCCCAGCUCGGCGGCAAGUGUUAAUAAUAAUAAUGCCAAUGCCACCAACAACAACAACAACAAUAAUAAUAAUAACAACAAUAACAAUAGCAGCAGCAACAACAACAAUACCAAAUUGCAGGCAAUGAUCUGCAACAAGAGCAACAAUAGCAGCAACACGAAUAACAAUAACAACAACAACAGCAGCAGCAGCUCAUCAUCUUCAUCAUCAUCCUGUUCCUCAUCGUCAUCAUCAUCCAGCUCAGCGACCAGCACCCUAACCAGUUGCACCACCGCCGCCGUUGUGCCCUCCAAUUGCUCCACAAAUGCCAACAAAUCGCCACUGGGAUCGGUAUCACCGUACUCCCAAAGCUUGGGCAUGGGCAUGGGUCUUGUCCUGGGCAUUGGAGCCGGAGCUGGAAGCAGUCCUCUGAGAGAGGCCAGUCCGAGUCCAAGUCCACUGAAUGCAACAUCCAUGUCCAGCGUCGUUGCUGUGAAGUCACCAUGCAGCGGAGCAGCGCCUGCAUCACCGCCAUCGGCAUCCUCGAACAGCUCUUCGCAUGUCCUGGCGCUCAACAUCAAAACCGAGUCGGACUUUGACAAGGAGAUCAACUGCCACAAGAUCCUCCCCAGCAGCAGCAGCCAGGCCCACAGCCUCCACCAGCAACAUCACCGCCUCCACAGUCACAGUCACAGCCACAGUCACAGUCACACUCACAGUCACAGCAGUCGCAGCAAUCACAACGAUGACGACAUGGAAAUCCAGCUCUCACCCCCGCACGCCAACCACUCCCACUCACCCUCGCCGUUCGAUAGCAAGGAUCAUGUCAAGGAGUUGGAGUUCUACAAGAAUCUGGCGGCCAAGGCUGCCUCUCUGGCCAACCACCAACACUCCUCGCCACCCUUGCCCAUGCCCCUGCCCCUACCCCUGCCCAUGCAGAUCGAUGGUGAUGAGGAUGAGAACGAGGGGGAGGGCGAGGGCGAGGUCGAGGCGGAAGAGCAGGCGGCGGAGGAGAUGCGACUGCGGCGCGAGGAGCAGGCCCAGGCCAAGGCGUUUGCGGCUCAUCUAAAUGGAACUAUGCAAGACAUGAUAAAUUUGCAAAAAUUACAAAAUUUGGCCACGCUACAGCAGCAGCAACAGCAGCAGCAACAGCAGCAUCCGCAUCCGCAUCAUGGCCACCAGCAUCCGCACCAGCAUCAGCAUCAUCAUCACCAUCCCGCCACGGCCGCUGCACUGGCAAGUCUUCAAGGAUUAGCUGCCUCCGUGUUCAAUUCGCCGUUGAAUCUCAGCGUGGGCGGUGACCCGGCGACCACAGGAGCUGCAGCAGUAGCAGCAGCAGGAGUGGGAGCAGGCUCAGGGUCUGGAGUUGGAGCCGGAGGAAUAGGAGGAGCCACAUCCGCCUCACCCACCCUUAACGGCGGCAAAAGCAAAACGGCCAAGGGCGGCGGCAGCGGGAGCAGCAGCUCGGGCAACAACUCUGGGGGAUCUGGCCAGAACUCCGGCACCAGCAGCUCCGCCCAGCAGCAGCAGCAGCCGGAUAAUCCCAGCAGUAGCAGCUCGCCGCAUCCCCUCAGCGCCUCGACGCUGGCCAAUGUCCUGGCAGCGGCCACCGCCUCGCCCCCGCCCAGCCUGCAGGCGCCGCCGGCAAGUGCCCAGAUGCCCCAGCUGAUACUGGCCUCCGGGCAGCUGGUGCAGGGCGUCCAGGGCGCCCAGCUGCUCAUACCCACGGCCCAAGGCAUUGCCGUUCAGACUAUCCUCACCAUUCCAGUGAGUCCGCAGAUUCCCACCUCGGAGCAGUUCUUGCCAAAUGCUUUUGGAGCCUUCGCCAGCUACCAGCAGCAACAGCAGCAGCAGCAACAGCGGGAGCAGCAACGCGAGCAGCAGCGGGACUUGCUACCGCCUUCGCUGGCCGCCUUGCAACAUGCCUCUGCUUUGCCCCAACUGGCUCAGACACCCACGAAUUUACUCAAACCCAAUCUCUUCUCCACGGGUGUGCAGCAGCUACUCACGGCUCUGCAUCCGGAGCUCUUUGCGGCUGCAGCAGCCACACAUCAGCAGCAGCGAGAGCAACAGCAACAGCAGCAGGUGCAACAGCAUCAGCGGGAAAGGGAGCGAGAGCGAGAGCGAGAAAGAGAAAGAGAGAGAGAACGGGAGCGGGAACGGGAGCAGCAUCUGGGCAUUGGUCACCUGCCACACUCUCAUUUGGCUGCCGAUCUGAGGCGCUCUGCGGAGAGAUCCCCGCCAGCUAGCUCACCAACGGGAGGCAGUCCAGGAUUGCCGGUCAAGGGACCGCCACAGGCGCCACCCGGAGCCGCCUUCCUGCUGCAACAGCAGUUGCACAUCAAGCCGGAGACGCAGACGCACCUGCACCAUCACCUGCAGCCGCAGUCCUCUGGCUCCACGGUUUCCUCCUCGCUGCCUCAGAUCAGCCUAAGGCAUCCGGAUGAGCUCACAGCCCCGCAGAUGGAUAUAAAGCCGCUGGAGCUGAGUGCCAGCAGCUCACCGCCGGCACCGCCACCGCGACACCACUUUGGGCACAGUAUGCGUUCGCCCAAGCACAGUCCGCAGGGCAGGCCCACGUCCGGCGGCAUGAAUCUCAGCCAGCAUCACGAUCGGCACGAGAGGCUGGAGCGACUGGAGCGUCUGGAUCGCCAGGAGCGGCACGAGCGACGCUCGCACACGCCCACGGCGACGGCCACCCGAGCCAGUGUGUCGUCCAGCUCGGGCGGAGGUCAUCUGGUAGGCAGUUUGGCCCCAGGCAGACUUUCGCCGCCAACUUCCCUGCCCUCCAGCUCGGCGGCCAACAGCAUCAGCGACAGAGGCUACACAUCCCCACUGUUCCGCACGCACUCGCCCCAGGGCCAUGCCCUCUCGCUGGGCGGAUCUCCGCGUCUGGAACGGGAUUACCUGGGCAACGGACCCAACUCCGUUGUGGCCACCUCGACCAGCAGUUGUGGGGCGCCAUCGGCGACAGCGGGCUCAAGUGCGACGGCCAACGUACUUAGCAGCAUCAACAGACUCAAUGCCUCCAAUGGCGAGCUGACCAUCACCAAGUCUUUGGGAGCACCCACGGCCACGGCCACAAGAGCCUCGUCAGCCUCGCCGCGUGAGGAUUCGCCGGGUCCUGGACCCUCCACCUCCGCUGGAUCCCUGAUGCAGCCACUUAAGCUGAGCCCCUCGUCGCGGAGUGAACCGCCGCACAUGUCGCCCAAUGGCAAUGACAACGAUAACGACCUGCUCAUGGACUCUCCGAAUGAACCCACCAUCAAUCAGGCCACCACCAAUGUGGUGGACGGCAUCGAUCUGGACGAGAUCAAGGAGUUUGCCAAGGCCUUCAAGCUGCGCCGCCUAUCGCUGGGCCUCACCCAAACCCAGGUGGGUCAGGCGCUGUCAGUGACCGAGGGACCCGCCUACAGCCAGAGUGCCAUUUGCAGUGCACUCGCUGCGCAGAUGUACGCCGCUCAACUAUCGACGCAGCAGCAGAACAUGUUCGAGAAGCUGGACAUCACACCAAAGAGUGCACAGAAGAUCAAACCUGUGCUGGAGCGUUGGAUGAAGGAGGCCGAAGAGAGCCACUGGAAUCGCUACAAGUCGGGACAGAAUCACCUCACCGACUAUAUAGGCGUGGAGCCCUCCAAGAAGCGGAAGCGUCGCACUUCAUUCACCCCACAAGCCCUGGAGCUGUUGAAUGCGCACUUUGAGCGGAAUACGCAUCCAUCGGGUACGGAGAUCACUGGACUGGCGCACCAGCUGGGCUACGAGCGGGAAGUGAUCCGAAUUUGGUUUUGCAACAAGCGGCAGGCCCUCAAGAACACCGUUCGCAUGAUGUCCAAGGGCAUGGUCUAGGGCCAGGAUCCCAUGUAAAUAGCUGGCUGAAGUGUACAUAGCUAGGUGCUUAAGCGUGUAU